AUAAAAUAUGGAUAUGAAUGGAUCAUUGAAAACCAGGAAAAGGUCGUAUUUUUCUUUGAUGGAUUAGAUCAGGCGACUUGGUCUCUUGGCGGACAUCAUCGCAAGAUAAAUCACAAGGAUAAGGCCAGUACAGCAACGGUGAUGUACAACGUUAUCACUAGUCAUCUUUUUCCCAGAGUUCAAAUUGUCAUCUCCUCUCGCGAGCAUUGCAUAGCUUCUCUCACUGUGGACCUUCGACCCCAGCUUAUCUACGCGUUAGUAGGUUUGAGCCCAGAUGAUGUCAAGAGAUUAUUCAUUGCACUCCUUGGUGAAAUCGGCCAACAUCAAUGGGAUCGGUUGUGUUCAACCUCUCCUGCAAUUAUCCCUCUGUCUUCAGUCCCAGUAUUUUUAAUAUACAACGCCAUCGUUCAGAAGUUUAAUCCGGAAAAUCCACCUGAUACCAUGACAGGAGUUAUGUUUGAGAUCCUUGAUAUUCUUCUGCAAUCUCAGCAUGUCAGAGAUAAGCAGGUUCUGCACAAGUUGAAAGAAAUGGCUUUUCGAGCAAUUAGCGAAGGACGAGUCGUCUUUACAAAAGAUGAAUUACUGAAGUUUGGAUUAGAUCCGGAUUCGAUUCAAGACCUGGAUAUCAAAGUUCCAGGCCGCACAAGGGCGAGUCAUUGCCUGCUUGAAGGAACCCAACAAAUAUAUUUCUCACACCAAGUAAUUGAAGAAAACCUUGCCGCCAUGUUCGUGUCAGAAAUUAGAGUUGAAGAUUUCGAAGAAUUCGUGAAAGGGUUCAUUCAUCAAGAUCAUUGGUCGAUUGUUCGCAAAUUCUUGUGUGGAAUUCUUCUCAACCCAGAUUUGGCAAUUGAUUGGGCUCCACAAAUGCUUCAAAUUAAAGACAAGAAGGCAAAAGAAGAAAUACUGAGACAUAGCAUGAAUGAACAACUGAAGGAAACAAACGAUUCAACCGCUUUGAUGGAAUUGUUCGGAGCUUUGUACGAGUCGAAUGACGCUGAAUUGAUUCGAUCCCACGUUCAUGAUAUUGAUUUCAAGGAAGCAACAAUCAACCCCAGUGGAAUGCUGGCAAUAUCGUCAGUUAUGCGUCGAAGUGGAAAUCUAAAUCUUCUGCGUUUUUCCUAUUGCAAUCUCACCACAGAGAUAUUUGAUAUCAUGAUGUCAAAUCUGAAGAAUUCCCAGCUAAAGGUCAAGAAAUUUAUCUUGAGCAACAGAUUCAAUGCUGAAUUAUUCGCUUCUGUUACAAAAUUCACGGAAUCUUAUGUUGAUGAAAUCGUGUUGGAGAUGUGCGUAGAAGAGAAUGAAUUUGGAAUCAUCAGUAGAAGCGUUAUUUCUAAGAAAGUUAUCACAGUGAAUGCUGAUUACACUUGA